CGACAACGCCGCCGUCAACUACCGCCGAUUUCUCCCCCAAAAGCCACGUGGAUCGCCGGCCGAAGUGCGAUUUUGAAGCUGCGAGAACGCGUGCCCCCGAACCAUCAGGACAACGACACCGCGCGCGCACCGGCAACAUGUCUGACGCAGAGGAGGAAGUCAUGGCGAACGAGUACCGCGAGGCGGCUCAGUACGAUGGAAUGGACGACCUGGACCGGGUACCGUCCAUGGGCAGCGGUGGAGAUAUCCAGGCACAGCUUGCAGCCGCAGCGACACCUCUCGAGUUCCAAGCCACACUCGAGACCAAGUUUGCGAGCUACGACAACUACUGCAACUUGUUCCACUUCAUCCUGAACUCGGACGGACCAGUCGACAUUGACGCCCCCAACUCUUCGUGGGCCUGGGACGUGAUCGACGAGUUCAUUUACCAGUUCAACAGCUUUUGCGGCUAUCGCCAGAAGGUCGCCUUCAAGCACGAGAACCCGGAGGAGAUUCAGCUUCUGCGCGAGAACCCCAACACGUGGGGAUGCUACAGUGUGCUUAACGUCCUAUACUCGCUCAUUCAGCGAUCACAAAUCAGCGAGCAGCUGAACGCUGUCAAGCGAGGAGAAGACGCGAAACAAUAUGCCGGAGAGUACGGCUCAAGGCCACUUUACCAGAUGCUCGGAUACUUUUCCGUCAUCGGUCUCCUGCGCGUGCACUGCCUGCUGGGAGACUUCAGUCUGGCACUCAAGACGCUCGACGACAUCGAACUCAACAAGAAGUCCAUGUUCCCCCGCGUCAUGGCUGCUCAGUUCACCACCUACUACUAUGUUGGUUUCUCUUAUAUGAUGAUGCGCCGCUAUGCCGAUGCCAUCCGCAUGUUCAGCCACAUCCUCGUCUACGUGUCACGGACGAAGAACUUUCAGAAGAAUGCGCAGUACGACUCGAUCACGAAGAAGAAUGACCAGAUGUAUGCCCUGAUCAUGAUCUGCGUUGCCUUCCACCCUACCCGCCUGGACGACACCAUCCAUACGGCGCUUCGCGAGAAGUACGGAGAGCAGUUCAACAGGCUACAGCGCGGUGGUCCUGAGAACCUGCCGCUCUUUGAAGAGCUCUUCCGAUCCGCGUGCCCCAAGUUCAUCAACCCUACGCCGCCAGACUUUGACAACCCGGAGAUCAACGUCGACCCUGUCGAGCACUACCUCGGUAUCUUCAUGGAUGAGGUCAAGAACACCAUGAUGUCGCCUACUGUCAAGAGCUACCUCAAGCUAUACUCCACGAUGGACUUGAAGAAGCUUGCUGGUUUCCUUGAGGUCGAGCCUGAGAAGUUGAGGUGCUGGUUGCUUGUCAACAAACAGAGGAACCGACAACUGAGGUGGAGCGAGGGUGGUCUGUUGGAGGGCGAUGUUGCGCACAGCAGCGACCUUGACUACGCUAUGGAAGGGGACCUCAUUCACGUCUCUGAGGCAAAGGUGGGUCGCAAGCUUGUCGACUGGUACCUGCGCAACCUGGCUAGGACAUAUUAGGAGGAUUUCCCGGCGAAGGGCGCAUCUAUCAACUACUUCUAACGCAUUGCGGCUUGGAGUUUGGGCGGGGUUUUAGGGAUGUGUUAAAAGCAUGACUUGGGACAUGAGGGACGUAACCCACGGCCGGCGUGAGGUUGUCUAGCUCAGGGCUAUAACGAUUUGGAGCGCCAUGACAAGAAGGACAAGGACCUGUCAUGGUCCGGGCAAGGUGCGAGUGAAAGGGAAGUGAAAGGUCAUAGACGCUCCUAAUACCUAGAGGGGGCAAUUGUUUGCGCUAAGAAUUGAAGAAGUUCCAAAUGUUCAGCAAGCAUGGCUCUAAGUCCUUCACUCCUGUAGUCUUGUACUGGCUACUCGACCGGAAGCCGUCGAGUCUCAUGCGGGGAAUAUGUAGUAUAAGAUAAUGCGCAUGGUUAUGCUUGC